AUCCCCACCUCCAGCACCCGCGAACCACUGGCCGAAGAAGAAUCAGCUACUCCUCCACACUCCGACCAUGGCGCGCGCCGCCCUCUCCACCGCGCCGCUCUCCCGCCUUCACUCCCCGACGCCUUCACUUUCCCCAAUACCGCAUGCUCAAUCCCAGCUCCGCAUUCGCCAGCAGCGCAAGCCUCUGACCGUCGCGUCGGCUCUGCCACAGGUGGCGGACCUCCCCGCGCUCUCGCUGCCCGCCGCGGCAGCCGCUGCGGCCGCGCUGGCGGCGGCGGUGUCGCUCUCCGACCCCGAGCGCCGUCGCAAGGCGCAGGCGGAGGCGGUGGGCGGCGGGGACAAGGAGGCGGUGCGCGCCUACUUCAACUCCACGGGCUUCGAGCGGUGGCGCAAGAUCUACGGGUCGGCCACGGACGACGUGAACCGCGUGCAGCUGGACAUCCGCGAGGGCCACGCGCAGACGGUGGCCGCCACGCUGGCCAUGCUGCGGGACGCGCCCGACGUCCCGCUGGCCGGCGCCACGGUGUGCGACGCCGGGUGCGGCACGGGGUCGCUCUCCAUCCCGCUCGCGUCCGCCGGGGCCUCCGUGCUGGCCUCCGACAUCUCCGCGGCCAUGGUCUCGGAGGCGCAGCGGCAGGCGCAGCUGGCCCAGGCGGCCGGGUCGGCGGAGUUCCGCAUGCCGCGGUUCGAGGUGCGGGACCUGGAGAGCCUGGACGGCCGCUACGACAUCGUGGUGUGCCUGGACGUGCUCAUCCACUACCCGCGGGAGGAGGCGCAGAAGAUGAUCCGGCACCUCGCCUCGCUCGCCGAGAAGCGGCUGGUCAUCAGCUUCGCGCCCAAGACGGUCUACUUCGACAUCCUCAAGCGCGUCGGCGAGCUGUUCCCGGGCCCGUCCAAGGCCACGCGCGCCUACCUCCACUCCGAGAAGGACAUCGAGGAGGCGCUCCGCGCCGCCGGGUGGCGCGUCAAGAACCGCGGCUUCAUCUCUACCCAGUUCUACUUCGCCAAGCUGUACGAGGCAGUGCCUGUCAGCGGCGGCUCCUCCUCGUAGCCGGCAUUUCGUUCGCUGUUGUAAUUUUGUUCAUAGAGACGCUCGCGUUUCAGAGUUUUGAUUCUACUUGCAAAGUUCUGUUC